AAGACAUGAAGAAACUUGUAUUAGAACUCAGUGUUUCACACAAAAAUUUGUUAGAUGCUGAAAGUGAAAUACAGGAAUUAAAAUUAAAAACCAUUGCAGUAAGAAAGACUGAAGAUCUGGAAGCAGAAGUUGAAAAUCUUCAAAUUCGGAAUAAGUUGUUGUUACAAGAAAAUCAGAGUGCCAGUAACAAUAUUAGUGAACUUUGUGCACUAAAUAACCAGUUAAGGGCACAGCUAGCAGAGAGGACAGAUGUUCCAAAAGUCUCUGUGGCAACCAACACAGCAAUUUCAGGCCCUUGCCACUGCAAGGAAUUAACAGAAAAAGUCCACGAACUGAAACUCAUUAAUGUACAGCGGAAUAACAGGAUUGGAAUUUUGGAGUUGCAAAUUAAGGCGGAAGAAUUCCCUUAUCAACAGAAAGCCAAGGAAUUAGAAGAUAGUGUUUCAUACUACAAAAAUAAGAACAUGGAACUUAGAACAGACUUACGCCGCUUACAUCACAUGAUAAAAGAAAAAGAUUCAAGCGAAAACUGUGAUAGCUGCAGAAAGCGAAAAUCACUGAAGUCACACCAUGUUGCUGUUCAAACAGAUGAAGUCAAGGAUGAGUACUUCUUAAUGGCUGGAGGUGGUGGAAGUGGAAUAAUAAGGGAAGACCAGCUGAUGAAGAUGCGAAUUAAAAUCUAUGAACUGGAAAGCAAGAAUGAAAUGCUCAAGGAAUUAUGCAGAGAAAGAAGACGACGAAUUUUAGGGUUAGAAGAAAAGCUAAUGGCUGAAUGCAGGCCAUGUAACAUAGAAGAAAGAGGCUCUGAUUCAAAAGAGUUUCAGGGAGUUGAGAAACAAAGUAAUGGUGCUGGACCAUCCAAUGAUGUGGAACCAAUACAAAGCAAGGGCUUCAACAGUGGUCAGGUCUCUGUUCAGGCUGGCAAUAAGGAGAAGUCCCUGAACAUCAGAGAAAACUUACAGAGGCCAAGGCAGAAUAUGUACAACAUAGGCUACACAUGUAAUACAAGAAGGCCUUUGAAAGAGAAUGUUGAACGAGCUAUUGAUGAUCUGGGCGGCUUUUCGAAGAAUUAAAUUUUAAAAACCUUCCUGUUUAUUACCUUGUUUAUCUGCAAACUGUAAUUUUUUAAAUUUUAAAUUAAAUUGAAUUGUAAAAUACUUUCAGCAGUUAACAGCAGUUUUACCGUAAUACAUAAAUUGUAGACUGAUGACGAUCCUUAUGUUUGAAACUUGUAGCUGUAAGUGCAUUAACACCCUGUGUACUUUGUAAUAAUUUUAUACAAGAUUUUGUAAGUGGAUACAUAUAGGCCUAUAUAUUGUAAAAGUUAUUAUUUUAUGAAACAGUUACUCUCUCACUGUGCAUAAGUGGUUAUGCCCUUGAGAUCAGUUCCUUCAUCACUCAUUAAUUCACAGCCACACCACUGUUCAAAAUAUUGUGCUCGCUCUUCUCUUGAAUAAGUUGCAAAUCAUGCUGCUCGGAUGAUGUGCACUGAGAACUGACUGAGUACUCGCUCACUCACUGACUAUACUCAGUCAUUCACUCUGCUGCACUGAACUGAGAACUGACUGACUCAUCACUCCUCUUAACUGCACUGAGCUGACCACUCAUUGCUGUGCACUGCACUUAACUGAACUGAGCCAUUGUGAGGACUUUACAACAUCUUUUAUAAGCAUGUCACCCAUUUAGAAGGUUCUAGCCAGUACCUGGGUGAUCUCCACCUUGUUGACUGAGCAGCUUCCUUCAUUCAUUCAUUCAUUUCCUUUAUUUUCCAUAUAUCCAUACAGGCAA